AUGUUGACUCGAAGAGCCUUUCUCACUGCGAUGGCAGCUUCCGCUGUCGUGGCUUCUCCUCUGGCCAAACGUCAGUUUUCGUAUGGUUCUACUCCAGUUCGAGGAGUCAACAUUGGAGGCUGGCUCUUACUUGAACCUUGGAUCACACCGUCCGUUUUUGAACCGUUCGAUGAAAGCGUUGUCGACGAGUACACGCUGUGUCAGAACGUACCCAACGCCGCCGACAUUCUCCGGGGCCACUGGGACAGCUGGGUAUCCUUGGGCGACUUCCAGAAGAUUGCCAACAACGGCUUCAAUUUAGUGCGCAUUCCCAUAGGGUAUUGGGCGUUCCAAAAAUAUGACGGAGACCCGUACAUCCAAGGCGCAGCAGACUACCUCGAGACCGCAAUUGGCUGGGCUCGCGAGACCGGUUUGAAGGUCUGGAUCGACCUCCACGGUGCCCCCCUCUCGCAGAAUGGCUUUGAUAACUCGGGCCAACGUACGUCGACCCCGGGUUGGACCACCGGCGAUACAGUCGAAGCCACUCUCGACGUGAUCGGAAAAAUUUCCCAGCAAUAUGGAACUGCAGAGUACGCCGACGUUGUUGUGGGCAUCGAACUCCUGAACGAACCAUUGAUGCAAUUGCUGUCGGGCGGAAAAUCCGCCACUCAGGGAUACUACCAAUCGGGCUUCGACAUUGUCCGGCAGUCUGGGCAGACCCCGGUCGUUAUUCAGGACGGCUUCGAUGACCCUUCGAGUUGGAAUGGCUUCUUGACUGGCCAAGGGAGCUCGGGAGCCCUGGUCGACCAUCACGAAUACCAGUGCUUUACCAACGAACUCGUGGCACUAUCCCCAGAGGACCAUGUGAACUAUGUAUACUCCCGUGCACAGGAAUGGGCACAAGGCCAAGACAAGUUCGUCAUCUGUGGUGAAUGGACCGCGGCCAUGACAGAUUGUGCUCCCGGACUCAAUGGCCGAGGUACCGGCGCAAGAUAUGAUGGCACCUACGAUUCCUCUACAUAUGUGGGCUCCUGCGCCACCAUCAACGAUAUCGACCAAUGGACCCAUUACCAGAAGUCGACGACGGCAGACUACAUCCGUGCUCAGCUAAAUGUCUUCGAAUCCCAAAUCCAAGGCUGGAUUUUCUGGAAUUUCAAGACUGAGGCUGCUUCCGAAUGGGAUUUGUUCCGUCUCAUCGACAAUGGAGUUUGGCCUGCUCUAUGA